AUGGUGAAUGACUGUAAGCACCAAGGCUUAAUGAAAAUGAAGAAGUGGUAUGGAGGCCUGUUGAUCAUGGCUUUAGGUGUGAUGCUGUUUUUACUAUACAGUCUUAAAGGAAUUCAGCCACAAAAGCAGUCAACAAAACAGUCAGCAUACAGUUUUUUCAAUAACAAUUCGCCACCAAACGAUUCUAUUAAAAGAAGCAGUAAUGUUGAAGCAGCGUCUUUCAAUGCGGACCUGAAAAAGAUGCCAAAACCAACAAAAAGGCCACAUUUGGUACAUGUCACGGGGCUUGAUGAUCUUUAUGAUAUGAAAAAUUUGUCUGUAGGAGAGAUGAAUGUUGUACUUGCUUGGACGCAUUUACGCUCCUUGCUGUCAAGGUCAGAUGCUUUGCCGGAAACAGCUCAAGGAGUCAAAGAGGCUUCUGUAGCAUGGAAAGAGUUGCUGUCCACUGUUGAAAAUGAUAAAGCGUAUAAGAUUAGUAAGAUAGACAGCCCAGAAAAUCAAAAUUGUCCAUUCUCUGUGACCACACUUGGCCAGACGGUAGCAGAUAGUGGAAUCACUCUGAAUCUCCCUUGUGGUUUGAUCAUAGAUUCUUCCAUUACAUUAAUUGCCAUCCCUAAUGAACAAAACAGUAGCUUUCAGAUUGACCUAGCUGGACAAGAGCUAGAAGAGGAGCCAUAUCCUCCAAUUAUCUUGCAUUAUAAUGUGAGUCUUCCAGGAGAAAACAUGACAGAGGAGCCGUAUAUUGUUCAAAAUACAUGGACUAAUGAUUUCGGGUGGGGAAAAGCUGAAAGGUGUCCUGCUCGUAGUUCCGCUAACAUCCACAAAGUUGAUGAGCUUGUUCUCUGCAAUGUACAAGCAGUCAGAAAUAACGAUGAGGAGAAUGUCAAUGUUGGUCAACCUACUAGCGGUAUACCAUCUAAUAUUUCCUCAGAAAGUACACAUAGAACUGGUAAUUUCCCUUUUUCUGAGGGUAAUCCUUUCACUGCCACAUUGUGGGUUGGUUCAGAGGGAUUUCAUAUGACUGUGAAUGGAAGGCACGAAACAUCUUUUGCAUAUAGGGAGAAGCUUGAACCAUGGUUAGUCAACACCAUAAAAGUCGCAGGAAGUUUAAGUCUCUUCUCGGUUCUUGCUAAAGGUUUACCCGUUACUGAAGGUAAUGAUAUAGUUGUUGAUGUUGAGAACCUCAAGGCUCCUUCUAUUCUUAGAAAAAGGCAUGUUUUGUUGAUCGGAGUAUUCUCUACCGGAAAUAACUUUGAGCGUCGAAUGGCUCUGAGGAGGUCUUGGAUGCAAUAUGUGGCUGUACGUUCUGGUGAAGUUGUUGUCAGAUUUUUCAUUGGACUUCAUAAGAAUAAUAGAGUUAAUUUGGAGUUAUGGAGGGAAGCUCAGGCAUACGGAGAUAUCCAGUUAAUGCCUUUUGUUGAUUAUUACAGUUUGAUAUCUUUAAAGACAAUCGCAAUUUGUAUUGUGGGGACGAAAAUCAUCCCUUCUAAAUACAUCAUGAAAACAGACGACGAUGCUUUCAUAAGGAUUGACGAAAUGCUUUCCAGCCUCAAAGGGAAGCCGUCUGAAGGCCUCUUGUAUGGUCUGAUAUCUUCUAAAUCAUCUCCUGAUAGGGAUAAGGACAGCAAGUGGUACAUCAGUAACGCGGAAUGGCCACAUGAUACAUACCCACCAUGGGCACAUGGUCCUGGCUACGUCAUCUCUCGCGACAUAGCAAAAUUCGUCGUCUUUGGCCACCAGGAAAGAAAACUCCAGUUCUUUAAAUUAGAAGAUGUUGCCAUGGGCAUAUGGAUCGAACGAUUUCGGAAUAGUGGUAAAGAAGUGCAUUAUGAGAAUGAUGAGAGGUUUUACAAUGCUGGAUGUGAAUCAAAUUAUAUACUUGCACAUUAUCAAAACCCAAGGAUGGUGCUAUGCCUUUGGGAGAAACUGCAGAAAGAACACAAACCAGAAUGCUGUGAGUAA